GGCUGAAACGAUACGUCGCCGCAAAGAUAACACAUUCUGCAAGCGUGUGGGUAUUGGUGGUGGUGGUGGUGAUCUGAUCAGGAAUGGCAAGCUGCUCCCUCUUUCGAGUGCUCUUGUUGUUUCUCACUCUUUCAGGCUCAUUUGUUCAAAUUUUCAGCGCUGGAAUUGGAAUAAACUAUGGACAGAUCGCCGACAACCUCCCCUCUCCCUCUCGUGUUGCCGUCCUCCUUGGAUCUCUCAGCGUCAGUAGAGUAAAACUCUAUGAUGCAGACCCGAAUGUUCUUCUUGCCUUUUCCAACUCGAGUGUUGAAUUCAUUGUUGGGCUAGGAAAUGACAAUCUUCAAAAUAUGAGAGACCCCGCCAAAGCUCAAGCUUGGGUUGAAGAGAAUGUUCUAUCCCACCUUCCUCAAACCAAGAUUACUUGUAUCCUUGUUGGAAAUGAGAUAUUCUACAGCAAUGACACUCAAUUAAGGUCUAGUCUCCUCCCGGCGAUGCAAUCCGUAUAUCGGGUUCUUGUUAAUCUUGGAUUAGAUAAACAAGUUAUUGUCACAACUGCACACUCUCUUAGCAUUUUAGCAACCUCCUACCCUCCGUCAGCAGGAACUUUUAAGGAAGAUCUUACUGAAUAUCUCCAACCCCUUAUAAACUUUCAUUCACUGAUCAAAUCUCCCUUCUUAAUAAAUGCGUAUCCGUAUUUUGCAUACAAGGAUAACCCAGCUGAGGUGUCAUUAGAGUAUGUGCUGUUUCAGCCUAACCAAGGGAUGACUGAUCCUAUCACGAAUCUGCACUAUGAUAACAUGUUGUAUGCUCAAAUUGAUGCUGUCUAUUCGGCAAUUAAAGUAAUGGGGCAUACAGAUAUUGAGGUUAGAAUUUCAGAGACCGGUUGGCCAUCUAAGGGGGAUGAAGAUGAGGCAGGAGCUACAGUAGAGAAUGCAGAGUUAUAUCAUGCUAAUUUGUUGAAGAGAAUAACCCAGAAGCAAGGUACUCCUGCAAAACCGUCAACUCCAAUUGACAUAUACGUGUUUGCGCUUUUCAAUGAGAACUUAAAGCCUGGUCCGGCAUCAGAGAGGAAUUAUGGCCUUUACUAUCCUGAUGGCAACCCAGUUUACAACAUCGGAUUACAGGGCAAUCUCCCAGGAGGGACUUCUGACGUUUCAGCUUCCAACAAAACUGCUUUUUCUGUCUUCAGCUUUCUGCUCUUUCUCAUUGCAUGCUUCAACUUGUGAGUUUGUCAAAGGGAGGGAAGGAGAGGAAUUUCUGGAGAUGAUUCAAAUGCAAGGAGGAAUUACUGCAGCCUGCCUGCAGUGGGGAUAGCAAGUGGAGAUAGGGACUGGGAGACAGUACUAGUGGGGAGAGCAUUCAUUUCUAACAUCGAAGUUAUUCCAGCAUCAAUGGAUGGGACCCAUCAUGUAGAAAUAUAUAUAUAUAUAUAUAUAUAAUAGUCUUAGUCAUUCAAUUACACAUUAGGAAUUAAGUGAUCAGAUGAGCCAGGCUAGUAGAGCGCCUGUUGUAAGAUAUACGAGUUUGUUUAGCAAAACGCUGGGAGAAGUUGCAUGCAUGGGUGAAAUUAUAGGCAGCGUUUUCCUUUGUAUGGAGCAUAGAAUUUUGAUUUAUUUUUCCACCUUAACUAGCAGAUCAAUGUUAGAUAAGAAUUUACUGAUUUUAUAAAUUGUGAGCAGCCCUUUCCUUCUUUAUGCAAA